AAGCAUCACAACAUCACGUACACAAGCUAGCUGCCUAGCUACCUCUCAAAGCCUCGCUCGAACUAUAAACUAGCAGCCUCAAAUCAUCAUCAUGGCGUCUACCGGCAGUCGUCCCAGCAGGGUGCUCUUGCAGAUCGCUCUCUUGGUCGUCGUCGCGGCGGUCAUCAUCAACAGCUCCGUCUGCCUUGGAGCCGUCGUAGGCUCUGGUGCUCUCAACCCUAGCCGCCCUGAUUUCCCGUCGCCGCGUGGUGGACCAUACACCGGCCGGCCGUGCCGCACAUAUUACGAAUGUCGUGGUGGACCACCCGCAGGUGGCAAACCCUGAUUACACCCGUGCGCAUGAACCGACAUAUGUAACUCGGAAAUGGCGGCCUAGCUGCACGCAUGCCUCUCGUCCUACUUUUGAGCACAAGUUACUGUACUGUCACGCAUCACCUUACACACAGUAAUAAUACCGUCUCGUGUUGUAAGUACAUAGUUAAAGUCGAAUAAAACUGGAUUCUUGCAUGUCUGGAAA